AGCUUUCAAAAUGGGACGCUUCUGCCCGGGCCUGGUUGCGGACUGCCGACAUGAUUGUGCAGCGUCAGCACAAACAGUUUCUUCUCAUAAUCCAGAAUCUCAGCAUGGCUGUUGCGCAGGAGGCCUCUUUAUACAAGGGCGUUAUGAAAGUUUGGAAAUCUGCCCUAGGGGCCAUGGAAGGCCUCAUCUCCGGAUCGCCAUUCGUUGUCACAGACGGCACAGUGCUAGUCGGGCUUUCGGCGUGGCAUCUGUAUCCAGAUAUGGCUAUAUUCAGCGGGCAGAGCUGUAACAAGCAGGUACCGAUGAACGACCAGCUCGUAAAAGCAGGGCGGCUCUUGUCCCUUGGCAAAGCAACAUUGGAAGAAAGGAAGCCCAGGGUGUCUACUGGUCCCUCUCCUUGGCCCAUCACAAGUUCUAUGGACAAGCCGUAACAAAAACUCGUCGGCUAGAUCUAGAGGCAGCAAGGCUUACCUUUUCAGAACUCGUCCUGGCAUCGCUAGGAGCUUUCCUGGGACGAUGGCGUGUUCCUGUUCAAGGGACGAAGCUGG